UUAUGGGCAGUGGAUACAAAGACUACUAGGGUUGCCAGUUUUAGUUGGAUGGGUUCCUGGAGGUUUUAUCAAAUGACAUAAUCUUUAAUUGAAGAUCAAUCUUUAAUUCUUAGGGACUCCAGGAUCAUCCUGGAGGGUUGGCAACCCUAAAGAGUCACUGCUAGAGUGACAUUGCUAGGGCAUCGGGCCUGAGAACUACCUGAUGCUGCUUAUGGAAAGAGACUUUGAAAGAUUACCGUGGAAGGGGAAACCACUGAGUGACCUGUCUGGAUGCCUAAUUUACGAAGAGGCAGCAGCCUUUCCUGCAGUAGAGAGGCAGAGUGCAACUGCAGGAAGGGAUGUCUGCCUAGAGCUAAUCACUCAAACCACCAGGAGGCAGCACCAUCCAGCACCAUCCACAGGACAUUACUUCCAAUGUGCCAAUGGAUCCUCUGUUCCACCAAAGGAAGCGUGCAAUUUCACCAACCAGUGCGAAGACAGCAGUGAUGAAAAACAUUGUUCCUCCUAUGAAACAUGUGACUUUGAAACUGACCUGUGCAAUUUGAUGCAAGAUGGGGACUUAAAGACUGGAUGGACUAGGAGAAAUGGCCUGACCAACAUGGGAUCUCCACAUUCUGACCACAAUGGAAAUAAAACUGCCUAUUUCCUCUUAUUGUCCUCUGAAGUGGCCUCAUCUCCUGCAACUUUAAGGAGCAGAGUUUUCCUCCCUACUGAUAGCAAACACAUUUGCCAGAUUGCAUUUGACUAUUGGAUUGGUCAAAUAAGGGGAAUAUUGAUGGUGGGACUCGAAACACAUUCUAAUGGUACUUUUAAAAACAUCUGGCAAGAAGCAGGCGGGCUACAAAACCAGUGGAGAACAAAUGUGAUCACAAUCAACAGCACUGAAAAAUUUGAGGUUGUCAUUCAAGGGACACUUGAGGCCUGGGGACCAAAUGGCACCAUUGCUAUUGAUGAUAUUUCUUUCAGUGGAGGAUGUUUUCCAGCAUUCGAGCAGCACAUUUGCAGUUUUGAGAUUGACAUGUGUGACUGGAAUUCCGAUUCAUCAUUUGAACACGUUUCCUGGGUGCGCACAAAAGCAGGAAAUAAUCUUGCCUCGGAAUCAGCCCCCCUGAAAGAUCAAAGCAAUGAUACUAGAGGCCAUUAUGUGUGUAUGGGAGCUAAUGACAACACAUUAUACAAAAGUGCUUAUCUUAACAGCUCCAUGUAUCACUGCUUUGGCAAGAAUUGCCAUUUUCAAUUUUAUUACUCCAUGGCAGAUAGCAGUGUUCUCAAAGUGGUACUGUAUACGAAUAAGUAUACUAAUAAGGAGGAACAAGUGCUGUGGGAAACCAACACAUCAACUAACAAUGAGUGGGUUAGAACAGAUGUGCAGGUACCAGCAAGUAUAAAAAAAUUAAAGCUUGUGUUUGAAGGAACUAUUCAGAGCAGGACCGGGCUUAUCUGUCUGGAUAACCUCCAGUUCUCAGACCAGUCAACAGAAUCACCAGAGCUCUGCUCCGCAGAGGAGUUCACCUGUGCCAAUGGCCAGUGUGUUGCUAGUGGAUCAGCCUGUGAUUACAAGCUGGACUGUUCUGAUGGAAGUGAUGAAAAUCCAACAGCUUGUUCAAAUUAUACUACAUGUAACUUUGAGUCUGGUUUUUGUGGAUGGAAGCCAUUAAACACAGAAGAUGCUAAAUGGAAUAUAAUAAAAGGAGAGACUUCCAAUGACACAAAACUUCCUAACAGAGAUCAUACAACCAACAGUGAACACGGAUCAUUCAUUUAUUUUGGAGGAUCACCACAGGCAAGCAUGAAACCUGUCAUGUCCCACCUCAGGAGUCCUAUCCUUACUAAGCUGUCCUUUGACUCUGUUCAUUGUCAGAUAAUAUUUUGGUAUCAGUUGUCUCAGGAUUCCCAGCUCUCUGUCUUUAAGAGAACCGUCCUUGGUGAGGAUUUGCAAAAACUUGGUAACAUGACAGGUUUGUCCAAGAGGCAGUGGACUAAAGCAAAUAUUCUUAUAGAAAGCAAACCUGAGGAAAUGUCACCACCUUUCCAGAUCAUUUUACAAGCCACUGCUCUAUCAGAGGAUGCCACUGUUGCUAUAGAUGACAUUAGCAUAACAACGGAAUGCGGUACUGCAUAUAAAUCACUUUCCAAUACCAGCCAAGAAAGCAAAGGGGAAACAAACUUUACAACCACUCAAUCUUCAUCCCUUUAUUGUCCACGGGGUUAUUUACCAUGCGAAGAUGGAUCCUGUAUUUCGUCUGACAAGUUUUGUGAUUUCACACCUGACUGCUCAAAUGGGAAUGAUGAAGCCAAAUGCUCUGCUAAAUGUGACUUUGAAACAGACAGCUGUGGCUGGUUUGAGACUGUUAGAGCAGAUGGAUUUGACUGGAUAAGAAGCUCCAGAAGUGCACUUCCAUCUGCUUUUCAGAAACAAGCCCCACCAGAGGAUCAUACCUAUAACAAAUCUGAAGGUCAUUUUAUGUUUGUUUUGAGAAACAGCAGCAGCAUUUCACAGGUUGCUCAAAUACGAAGCCCCAAGUUCAGCCAGGCUGGAUCAGGCUGCACAGUGUCCUUCUGGUAUUACAGUUAUGGAGAGUCAGUUGGAGCAGCAGAGAUGCAAUUACAUGUUCAUGGACUGAAAAAUGCUACUGUCCUCUGGAGGGUAUACUAUAAUCAAGGAAAGCAGUGGUUAAAAGCUUUCAUUCAGCUUGGCCGCCUCCCAUGGCCCUUCCAAUUAUCACUGUAUAAAGUCAGCCUUGGAUUUUAUGAUGGUGUCUCAGCAAUUGAUGAUAUAACUUUCGAGAACUGUGCUCUUCCACCUCCAGCAGUAAGCUGUGAAGGUCCUGAUCGUUUCUGGUGCAGAGACACAAAGGCUUGCAUCGACAGUUUAUUGGUGUGUGAUCUCGUGGAUAAUUGUGGGGAUGGAUCUGAUGAGGACAAUUGCAAAUCUGAGCUACAGUGUAACUUUGAAAAUGGGCUGUGCAACUGGAACCAGGACAUGGAUGAUGACUUUGACUGGACCAGAAACAGGGGCCCAACUUCCACAUUUGAAACAGGACCAAUAAAGGAUCAUACUUUGGGCACAGUCCAGGGGCAUUAUCUCUACAUAGAAUCCUCAGAACCUCAAGUGUUCCAAAAUAGAGCAGUUUUGCUGAGUCCGAUCUUUAACAGCACUUUCACUCACGGCAAUAAAAGCUGCAUUUUCCGCUUUCAUUAUCAUAUGUUUGGAAAACACAUUUAUAGGCUGUCAGUCUUCUGGAGAAUUUUGAGCAACUCAAGGGGUCAUCUGCUAUGGCAGAAGUUUGGAAAUCAAGGCAACAGAUGGAUAAGACAAACACUCAAUAUUACAAGUACUAAGCCUUUUCAGAUCUUAGUGGAAGGUACUGUGGGAGACGGUUUCUGUGGAGACAUUGGAAUUGAUGACUUGUCCUUUACAGACUGUACCCUUUACAAUGGAAAUUUGCCAACUAUCUCAUCAACGCCCUCAGGAACUUCAGUUCCUGCAACACUCCCUACGAACAAUUGCACAGAGAAGGAAUUUGUCUGUAGAGAAACAGGCCACUGCAUCCAGAUGAUACAGAGAUGUGAUUUCAGACCUGACUGCUCUGAUAAGUCUGAUGAGUCCUCUUGUGUCGUGGAAGUUUGUGAUUUUGAAGGUGAAAACCUGUGUGAAUGGUAUCAACCAGCAACAGAAGUGACAGCAGCAACUCUUUCAGUCCAUUCCACUAAUGCAUUCCAGUGGGGCCUUGGAAAUGGAGCAACCAUGCAUCCUGGGGAAGAAAACCACAGGCCAUCAAUUGAUCACACAAUGGUUACUAAAGAAGGCUGGUAUCUGUAUGCAGACAGUUCAAAUGGAGAAUUUGGUCAUACUGCUGACAUUGCCACUCCAGUCAUUUCGGUCACUGGACCCAAAUGCAAACUGGUAUUUUGGAACCAUAUGAAUGGUGCAACAGUGGGUUCUCUGCAGGUACUCAGUAAAAUUGGUGAUGUAACGUCUGUCCUUUGGGUUCAAAGUGGCUACCAAGGUGCUCAGUGGAACAGAGCAGAAGUGUUCUUAGGAAUUCGCUCUGAUUUUCAGAUUAUUUUCAGGGCAAAACGUGGUGUCAGUUAUGUGGGAGAUGUGGCAGUGGAUGAUAUUUCCUUUGAAGAUUGUUCCCCUUUGCUGAUCCCAGACAGACCCUGCACUUCUGAAGAAUUCACAUGUGCCAAUAAGUAUUGCAUCCCAAAGGAUAAUCUGUGUGAUUUUGUGAAUGACUGCGCUGAUAACUCAGAUGAGAACCCUAACAUUUGCAGUACAUCCAUGGGGCACUGUGAUUUUGAAUUUGAUCUUUGUGCCUGGAAGCAGGAUCAGAAUGAUGACUUCGAUUGGAAUUUAAGAACUGGCAGCAUCCUGAAAUCUGGCCCUGGACCAGCUGCUGAUCAUACCUUGCAAGGGCCAUCUGGUCAUUACAUCUUCAUAAAGAGCUCAUUCCCUCAAUUGCCAGAGCAGAAGGCCAGGAUUUUCAGUCCCAAGCUAAGCAGAAGGAGCAAAAACUGCAAGAUAUUAUUUUAUUACCAUAUGUAUGGUGUGAACAUUGGAUCAUUAACCAUCUAUCAGGUGACAGCAUCAAACCAAGACAAAAUCCUACUCCACCUAACUGGAAACCAGGGAAAUUUCUGGCAGAGAAAACUGGUGCUUCUGGAUGCAGAUGAGGACUUUCAGAUCACCUUUGAAGGGCAAGUUGGGAAAGGAUACAGGGGCAACAUAGCACUUGAUGACAUCACAUUCACCAAGGAAUGUUUGCCAUCACCUGACUUAUCAACAGAACCCACAGCACCACCUUCAACAGGCUCCUGCUCAGAUGGCUAUUGGGAAUGUCAGAAUGGCAAGUGUUACAGACCAGAACAAAGCUGCGAUUUUGUAGAUGACUGCGGGGAUAAUACCGAUGAGAAUGCAUGUGGUACUUCCUGCACAUUUGAGAAAGGCAGAUGUGGCUGGCAAAAUUCCCUAGCUGACAAUUUUGACUGGGUUCUGGGAGUCGGCUCACCUCAAAGUCUCAGACCUCCCAGGGACCACACACUUGGAAAUGGAAUUGGAGCGUUCCUAUAUCUUGAAGCUACACCAGUAGGCCUAAGAGGUGAAAAAGCCCAUGUGAAGAGCUUCAGGUGGAAAGAGUCAGGCACAGCUUGUAUGAUGAGUUUUUGGUACUACACGUCCUCAAAAGUCACAGGGGACAUUCAGGUUCUCAUUAAGACUGAUAACGGCCUUUCAAAAGCGUGGAGUGAGUCUGGAAACCCUGCUGAUGAAUGGAGGAAAGCAGAAUUGCACUUGGGGAAGUUGAGGAAUUUUGAAGUCAUAUUUGAAGGCAUUCGUACCAAAGACCUAGGUGGAGGAGCAGCAAUAGAUGAUAUUGAGUUCAAGAAUUGCACCACAAUUGGAGAGAAUCCUAGGGAAUGCCCAGCACUCACUGAUUUUAUGUGUUGGAACAAGAACUGCAUUGAGUCUCACCUUGUUUGCGACUACAAACCAGACUGCAAGGACCUAUCAGAUGAAGCUGAUUGCAGCCAAUAUACCAGUAUCCCUGGAAGCUGUAACUUUGAAACAGGAGAUCAAGAUUGGACUAUUGAAUGUGGAUUAACACAAGAUUCUGUUGAUGAUUUUGACUGGAGUAUUGGCAACAGGGCUGUCACAGGGCAAAGUGGUCCCGAUGAUGACCACACACCAGGUAAUGGACAACAUUUUCUGUAUGUCAACUCAUCUGCCCAGCAGGAAGGAAAUAGGGCAAGGAUAAUUACUACAAAAUUCUUCCCAGCCAGCCUUGGAGUGUGUAGAGUCCGGUUCUGGUUCUGGCUGUGUGAUUCCAAGCAAACAGGAACUUUAAAGGUGUACACUGCCGAAGAACAUGGAAUGGAUAUUCUGAUGUGGUCUUCAAGUGGAAAUAAAGGAAGCAGGUGGACAUAUGCAAAUGUGGUUCUCUCUAGCAACAGUCCUUUCAGAGUCACAUUUGAAACUCAGGUGGGAGGGAAUGAGCUCACAGAAGUUGCUCUUGAUGAUAUUUCUUUCACCCUGGAAUGUAUGGAUGCAGGAACAGCCAAACCCCAACUUCCAACGUGCAGCACUGACCGGUUCACUUGUGUUUAUGUACAGCAGUGUGUACCUCUUGCUGUAAAAUGUAAUGGGGUAGAGGAUUGUACAGAUGGAACUGAUGAAAUGAAUUGUCCUACUGAGAUUCCUACCACUGCUUCUCCAUGGCUUUGCAAGGAUACAGAGUUCCUAUGUGCAAAUAAAGGUUGUAUCCCAUCACUCUUGAGAUGUGACGGUGUGCCUGACUGCCAGUUUAAUGAAGAUGAAACUGACUGUUCCACAAAGGAGUGCUUCAAUGGUUCUUUGUUGUGUGCAUCAACUAAUACAUGUAUUCCAGUCUCCAAGCGCUGUGAUGGUAUUGCAGACUGCUUUGAUUUCAGUCUUGAUGAAUCCAGCUGUUCAGAUUGUCCAGAAGGAUAUUGCAAAAACGGAGGAACUUGUAUCAUCAAAGAAGCUGUUCCUUUAUGCCGAUGUGGAAAAGAAUGGGAAGGAAAUCGUUGCCACAUCAAGGUUAAUCCUCCCCCAGCUUCAGCUUCCAUUUCCCUUCAAAAUGAUAUUUGGAUUGGCGUGGGCAUUGCAUUAGCUUUCCUACUGAUCAAAAUCACAGUUGCUGUGUUGUGUUUCCUUUGGAAGAAGAAAGUGCCAAGAACGAACCUGGAGGAAAUCCAUAAUACUGCAUUCACUAACCCAUUGUAUGAGGAUCAUAGCUCACCUGGGGAAGUAAAGUCUCCUGAGUAUGUUGCCUCACCCGUUGUUCAAAUCAGCGUUUCCCCGUGGCAAACGCAGCAGGAGCAUGCUUCCAGUAAAGAUACAAGUGUCUCUUCCUUUUCCAAUCCUCUUUAUGGCAAAGCAACAGAAAACAUGGAGAACUUGUGCAAUUUCUUCAAAGUAGACAUACAAUAGAAUUGAUACUGUGUGUAAUUUUUUCCUUUGUCUGAAGAUUUUGUUUCUAAAAUCUAGUGGAAAGUAUGUGAUUAGAAUACUGUGAAAUAAUUCCUCAAUUAAAAUAAUUAUGUUCUAAAUAUAGCACUACCGUGAAAAUAGCAUAUGUGAAAGUUUAAACCUAUGUGAUAUUUCUCUUGGUACAAAAAUAGACUGGUAAUUGUAACUAUGAAUUCACUGCACAUUUGAACGGUUGAAAUUCAAGUAUAUUAAUAAAAAGAAGUUUCACUU